AUGGACCCGGCACACGCACCUGGAACAACCCCGCUUUAUGCCGGGGAGGUUCUCAUCACCAUUGCCGGUUUUCCGACGGUAUAUCACUACCAGCAAGGCAUCAACCUGGACGUCAGCGAAACUGCUAAGCCUCUGAUAGUUUGCAUCCCGGGUGGUAUGCACCUAGGGCGAAUCUUCUACGGAGGGCACAAAGGGUCCAACCCGAAGCAUUUCCUAGCAUACCACCUGAGUCGACUGGGAUUCGGGGUCCUGUCACUAUCAUAUCCUACUGAAACAGAUCCUGAGAUAAUGCCGGCUACAGCGUCGGGCUUCAGAAUUCAAGACUGGGGCCGACAGGCUGCUAUGACAACCAAAAACGUGAUCGAAGACAAUGACCUCCCGUCCCGGUCCAUUAUCCUUAUAUCGUGGAGCAUGGGUGGCCGCAUGGUCGUCCCAUUCAAAAUUUCGGCCAAAGAGCAGGGAUUAGAGGUCUGCCAGUAUAUCAGUUUUGCGGCAACUCCUGGCAUCUCGAGCAUCCGGCUGCUGUCACCGGGGAUUGUCUGCAGCCGCGCCGGAUACUUCCUUGUUCCGUCGCGUCUAGACGCCUUUUAUCGGCAGAUACAGGAGAUGGAAGGUCUUAACGGAGGUCACGAGAUAAUUCCUCCAGAUGUUUACCGUCGCGAGUACAUCGGUCGGACACCCAUCAACCUCAUCGGGAUGGGUCUGAAGUACGAUGGGAAGAGCUCCUUUGUCCAGGACGAAGUGCCACACGAAGAGGAGACGAAGGUGUUUGAUGUUGCGAACUUCCCGUUCAUCACAGCUCUAUACCCGAUUAGCAUCCUCGAUGCGAGCCAUGCGCUGGUGGACCAGGCCAGCUGGGGGUUUCUGCUUACCUACAAGCUGGAGACAAUGAUCCAGAAAGAGGCAUUAUCGAAGAUACAGGGCACUCCCAAGUGGGAACAGCUGCUGCGUCAUGUCCAUUCCGCUCCAGCGCGGCUAUGCGCGGGCUUUUCAGGAUGA